AUGUCCCGCGAAGCCUACCAAGUCCCCACCGCCGGCGCCGCCUCCGCGCCCAGCGCGGCCGCCUACCAGUCCUACGGCUCCGAGGGCCCUCAGAUGCAAUAUCUCUGCGGCGACUGCGGUCUCAAGUUCCAGCUGCGUCGCGCCGAUCCCAUCAGAUGCAAGGAGUGCGGUUGCCGUAUUCUUUACAAGGAGCGGACCAAGAGAAUGGUUCAGUUCGAGGCGAGAUGA